GGGGCGGGCCUUGGUAGUGUGAGUGGUGACGUCCCCACUGGACCGUCCAUGCCAUAAUGGCGGCAGAACGGGGCGGCGGUCCCGGCGUGGCCGCGGAUUAUUCGAUGCUGGUGGUGGUCGGUGCUCUACAAGCCGCCGGCCUGCUGGAGCGGGUGUUGCUGCAGAUAGAAUCAGGCCUGCGCUGCUGGCCCGUGCCAAUGAAGGUUGAUGUUUUGGACCAGCAGUUGAAGCUCUUCGUGUCCAGACACUCCGCCUUCCUUUCAGAGGACGUCCCAGGUCAGCGGACGCUGCAGCACCGCGGGGACGUCCUGGACACGCAAGUGGUGCUGAAUCCGGCUCACGACCUGGUUUGCUCAGAGGUGCGACGGCUGCUCUGCGAGCCUUCCCGGCACAAGCUGCUGGUCCUGGCCGGUCAGUGCGUGGAGGACGUCGGCGACAUCGUGCUGCAGAAAGGCCGCUUCUCCUUGGACGACUUGAUCCAGAUCUGCGCUGAUGAAGAGGUUGCGCACUUGUUGAGCUCAGUGGAGAAGGCGACUCUUACCCUCAGCUGUCCAGACCUGGGCCUUUGGAGGGAUGACUUGUUGAAGAAAACCAACCUUUUGGACCUCCUAAAUCUCCAGAUCAACCCUCCCUCGCUCCUCCCACAGAUGGAAGGCCUGCAAGAGUUCACGGAGUACCUCUCUGAGUGCCUGGAGCCCGAGUCCCCCUUUGAGCUCCUGGAGCCCCCUGGGACCGUGGGCUUUCUGAAACUCUCCCGUCCGUGCUGCUACGUCUUCCCCGGGGGUCAGGGAGACUCCGCAUUCUUUGCUGUGAAUGGUUUCAACGUCCUGGUUAACGGAGGCUCCGAUCCCCGCUCCUGCUUCUGGAAGCUGGUCCGACAUCUGGACAGAAUCGACUCGGUCCUUCUUACUCACAUUGGCGUGGACAAUUUGCCCGGGUUGAACAGUUUGCUGCUGAGGAAAGUAGCCGAGCAGGACAAGGACUUGGCUGCAAGUACGCCUGAAGAAGACUGGAUGAAAAAGCUCAUCUCCCCGGAGAUCGGAAUAGUUUUCCUCAAUGUUCCGGACAGAUUGAAGGCCACUCAAGGAGAUCCCAGCGAGCUUCGCAGUACAGACCAGGGGGCACUGAUCCUGGAGCGCUUGCAAAUACUUUCUGUCAAAGCACAACCUCUGUCUCGGUCCAAUGUAGCUUCUAUCGAGCCCCUUGUCUUGUUCCACAAGAUGGGAGUAGGCCGUCUGGAGUUGUACCCUCUGAAUCCUGUCAGUGGCAGCAAUGAACUAGAAGAGUUGUUGAAGACUUCGCCCAAAAGUUCCAAGUCAAAAAGCUCCGAUCUUCCUCUAUCGUGCCUCACUUCCAUUUGUGCUUUGCUGGUGUGGCAUCCGUCUAGCAAUCAGGACAAGAUCGUCCGGGUCCUUUUCCCCGGAUGCACACCGCAGCCCAAACUUCUGGAUGGACUUGAAAGACUCAAGCAUCUGGAUUUCCUCAGUGUUCCCGUGGUGACUUCAAAGGACCUAGAAACGUCUAAAGCAGAGAAACUACCAAAGCGCGCAGAAAGUCGAGAAAGCCUUAAGUCCAGAGACCUGCGGACCAGCAGUGCCUUGCAGAAAGACAAAAGUGCUCGAGUUCCUGUCAAGAAAGUGGAGGUGAAACUAAAGCCGAAGGCAGCAGUUGAGGUGGCGUCCAAAGACCUGGAAGCCAAACCGAAGCCAGUGAAGCUUGGUGAGAAGCUCAUUCCUAAGAAGGACUCGUCCAAAGAUGAGAGAAAGAAAGAAAGUGUCAAAAAGGAAAAUACAAAACCAAAAAAAGAAAAUAAACCUGAAGCCAAAAAAGAGAUCAAGAGGGAAGACAAGAAAGUAGCUGCAUCAGUGAAGAAAGUGGCUGGCGCUUCAAGUUCAGAAGUGAGAAAAUCUUCGGUCAAGAGUCCAAAGACGGACAUGUUGAACAAAGGGACUAAAGGUAAAUCUGUUUCUACAGCGCAAGAGCACACAGCUGUGGAUGACAACAAGAACCCUACCAAAAAGACCUCAGAACUUCAAAACGGCGACCAGGGCGGGAAGAACCAGGGAAGUCCUGAGACGGUUUCUCAUUUGCACACCUCUUUAAGUCCAAAUGAUGACAAAAGUAAGGAAUGUUCUCUCAGGACUUCAACCACACAAGAUUUGUUUCAAGACAAUCACUCUACUGUGGGUGACAUUCCAGACUCUUCCCCCACGCCGGCUGAGCAAGUGCUGAUGUUGUCCGCGGAAUCACAGUCAGAGAUGGCAAAAGACAAUUUUUGCUCGAAUGGACAUUUGACUGACUCUGAGCGAGCCCUGAAUGGUCGCUGGGGGACUGAACGUCAGGAGGGUAUUCACGGGAUGUCCGAGCUAAGCGCAGACGUUCCCCAUGAUGUCGAUCUGUGCUUGGUGUCGCCGUGUGAAUUCCAGCACCACAGGGUUCCUGAGAACCGGAGCAGCCAGGGAACCCCGCCCGCAUCAGUCAGCGAGUCCCUCCUGACGGCAACAGAGUCUGAUGUCCCGCCCGCCAUGGAGGACUGUCCGUCCCUUUGCACAGACUCUGAGGACGAUUCCUGUAGCCCCCUCUUCCCCGGACAUCCUGGCCUCCCCCCACUUGACCCGCCACCGGCCCUGGUUAGAGACCUUCCGCCCUUACCGGCCCAACCGGAGGCGUGCAUGGCAGAUGUCGAUGCGUCAAACAAGAACCAAAAGACUUCCGCCGGCAAGACCAAAAAAACAUUGCAGAGGGGCACCUCUGGAAUUCCUUCCGGUCAAAACUUGAAGUCCAAGACCGGCAGCACGGCGCCACUUAAAACGACCCCCGCCAUUGACGCGAGACCUUCAAGCCGAAUUUCGCUGGGUGGCUCCCGGAGUGGAACUGCUAAACCUUCAGUGUCAGUGUCCAAAACGUCCGAGGCCUCUGCUGUCCACGUGGACCUGGCCUACCUGCCGUCCGGAUCGGCCUCCUCCACCAUCAACUCUGAUUUCUUCCGACAGCUCCGCUCCUCCUAUUACGUCGUGAGCGGCGAGGAGCCCGUGAAGGCGGCGGCCAUGAGGGGCAUCCUGGACGCGCUGCUGGACGGGAAGAGCAGCUGGCCGGACUUACAGGUGACUCUGAUCCCGACGUUCGAUUCGGUGGCCAUGCACGAGUGGUACCAAGACACCCACGAGCGGCAGAAGGAGCUGUCCAUCACCGUGUUGGGGAGCAACAGCACCGUGGCCAUGCAGGAGGAGACCUUCCCCGCCUGCAAGGUGGAGUUCUGACUCUGCGCCCGCGACUUUUGCCAGCCUGAGAUGUCGUCGCCGUAGUUACGAGCUGACUCUGGCCGUCGACGGUUGCCUUGGGAUAACUCCCUCGCCCCCUAGAUGGCCUCUCCUGUGUGUGCCGGAGCAGGAAUUUCACACAAGUAGGUUCUCACCAAACAGGUUUUUGCUUGCAAGUAGGUGGAGUUUAAGAGUAGGAGGAGCCCGUUGAAGUGAUGAAGGUGGGAGCGAAUAAAAGAAGGUGUAAAAGAAAGUAUACGAAAGAACGUCAAAGCUGCCUGAGCAAAAAGUAUGAGUGUUGUUGUUGAAGUACAUGGAUGUAAAACCUGAGGCCUUCAGUUCAAUCUACAGUAGAUCCUCGCUAUACACAGGGGUUACAUUUGAGACCCCCUCUUCGUGAAUGGCACGUACCGCAGGUACCGAUAAAUAACCCUUUUUUUUGUCUUGAUAUUCUAUGGCAGGGGUCACGUCAAAGUUACGGCUUGUAGAAGUGAAACCAUACGAAUGUAUAAUCGCCCCAUGUGAUUAUUUACAAACAAACUGAUGAAAAACUUUAGAUUCGUAAGUGAAGAGGACAAGUAGUAGUAGUCGUUAAUGUCCAACCAACCUGGAAUGAGUUGCACAAUCGUUUUUCUGUCAAGUUGAAAUAGAUUUAGCGAAACAUGAAGUGCCUUAUCCUGGCUUUUGUGGGCCGCGUUAAAUGAUGCGGCGAGCCAGAUGUGUCCCCCGGGCCUUGAGUUUGACACAGGUGUUCAAAAGCAGAGAUCUUCGGUAAGGGUCUGUCCCCGCCCUAGUCGCUUUGCAGAGGUACUGCAGGGGAGCUAUGAGAUUUUUGGUUGAUUAGACUUUUCAACAACAAAAUUGUGUGUGUGUGUGUGUGUGUGUGUGUGUGUGUGUGUGUGUGUGUGUGUGUGUGUGUGUGUGUGUGUGUGUGUGUGUGUGCGC